AUGAAUGCUACUCAGUACAAGGAAUACCAUGAAUCAUUCAUGCAAAAUAAUCACGGUUCGACGGCGUUACAUACGUCUUUGUGUAUAUACUUUACCUUGCAAUGUGCCAUAUUAUGUGCGAUCAAGCAGAUUAAGGAUGAUACCAAUAGAUACACAACCGAAUAUUUGAUCAUAGUAUUGUCAAUGAUACUAGCCCACACGGUUAUAUCAGAUUACAUUUACGAAUUAAACAUCGCAAUUUUAUUGCUACUGCUGUAUGAAGUAUCAAAGAAUUAUAAGAAAUUGGAUGUGCAAAAAACUUUUUCAUCGGAUAAUAUAUUUAUAACUAAUCGAAUACAGUUAAUAUCGUGUCUAAGAGGCUUGACAUAUUUGAUAACUGGGUUAUGUAUACUAGCAGUUGAUUUUAAAGAUUUUCCUCGUCACCUGGCUAAAACCGAAAGAUAUGGCUAUAGUUUGAUGGACACUGGUGUUGGUCUAUUCAUUUUAAUAAGUGGCCUUGUACACAAGGACAUAAAUAAGCAUAAUUACAAGUCAGUAUUAAAAGGGAAUACAAAAUUUGUUCUAAUACUCUUAUCAUUGGGAAUAGCAAGGUAUUACUCUGUAAAACAAUUAGAUUACCAUGAGCAUGUUUCAGAAUAUGGUGUGCAUUGGAACUUCUUCUUUACUCUUGCUAUUUGUAAACUUCUCUCGACCUUAUUGUUGUUAAUAUUUCCACAAGCUUUACUAUUAAGUAUUAUCGUUAUGAUUGUACAUGAAGUGUUACUAUGCAGUGUUUUACAAGAUUGGGUUUUUAGUGAUACAAGAAGAACAAAUUUUAUAAAUGCAAAUAGAGAAGGCAUAUCUUCGAGCCUCGGUUACGUUACCUUAUACCUAUUUGCUGUAUAUUUAAAAAGAGUAUUAAUAAGACCUUGCAAAAGGUAUCAAAUUCUUAGAAAUCUAAUUUUGACUUCUUUUAUUAUUUUAAUAACAUCAAUUGUAAUUAACAAAUUUAGACCAAUAUCUAGAACUUUAGCUAACGCUGGCUAUUGUACCUACAUAUCUACUGUACUCUCAUUUGGAACAGUAUUUCUUUAUUUAUUUGAAGUAUUAUUCCAAGGUAAAGGAUUAAGAUUUGAAGUACCUUUUAUAUUAAGAUCUAUUAAUAAAAAUGGACUUUUAUACUUUUUAAUUGUUAAUUUAAGUACUGGCAUUAUUAAUUUAUCUUUUCGGACAUUAUUUUUAAGUUCAGGUGUGACGUUUUUAAUACUGAACCUUUAUAUGAUAUUUACAAUAAGAUUAACAGUUUAUUUAAAUAAGAGAGGAAUUAAAUUAUAAAUAUAAAAUAUAGAAUUCAA